AUCCUGUAGCUGGCAGCAUGCAUCGUUUCUUUGUGUGUUUCUGUACAUUGGUCUUCAUAGAAGAAAAGGCGCAAUGUUUGUACUUCAAAGAAAAAAACAAGUUGUCAAAAUAAGAAGCCUGAAUGAUACAAAAAAAUAUGGGGUGGCUGCAACAAGUCUGAAAGAGCUUCUCAAAAAGGGGAGUAAACUUCUACAGGUUCCACUCGUCGGUUCGCAUAUUUCCUUGUAUGAAGAUGGAACAGAAUUGACAGAGGACUAUUUCCGAAGUCUUCCAGACAAUGUUGAACUUGUCCUUCUUGCCAUGGAUGAGAGGUGGAACGGAUUUGUCUGCGACAUAGGCCGGUUGCUGGACACCGACAGGAACUCAGAUCUUCUGAUUGAUGCGGCUAAGUUGCUUCUUUCAGACGAGAGGUCUCCAAAGAGACGCAGAUUCCUGGGGGACCUGCUCCUGCACUUGAAGGACAGCUCUGAGACUGAAAACAGAGAAGACGAUGAAGACUGGUUCCAAGGAAUUGAUGACAGAUUUAAGACCAAAUCGGCCUACAUGAAGUACAACUGUGAGAGCAGGAUUCGUGGAUACAUGAAGGAGGUGCAUAGUUAUGCUCAAACCAUCCAAAAACCUAAACUCAAGGACGAAUACAAGAAGACUGCAGAGUGCUUAGUGAUGCAGCUGAAAUCUGACAAGUACAAUGGUUGCUACUUCAACAGGAAAGAAAAGGAACAAAAUCGACUAUGCACCCAGGAGGGAUGGUUCACCUGUCAGGGUGCUUUUGACCAUGAUGAAUGCAAGUCCCUUCACUCAAUCAACCCCUAUGGAAACCGAGAGAGCAGGAUUCUCUUUAGCACCUGGAACUUGGACCACGGGAUUGAAAAGAAGAGGACAGUCAUUCCUACCCUGGCGGAAGCACUGCAGAAACACAAGAGCACCAACAUAAACCUGGACUAUUUUUACAAGCUGCUGUUUACUCGGGAGAAUCUGAAGCUGGUACAUAUUGUAUGCCAUAAGAAAGGUGCACAUGACUUGCUCUGUGACAAAAGGAAAAUUUACAAACAGGGCAAACAAAUGAUUCUCUAAAGUGAAGAUGCAGGGUAUAUGUUUUUCUACUGUUUAUUCUUGAAUUUUGUAUUUCUUUAUUAACUAGCUAACGGAUGAAGUGCAAGACACAUGAUAACUGGUAAAUAACUAAAUGUAAUUAUGGGCAGGGAACAUUGUUUUCUGCUACUAAUCAGAACAGCUUAUUUAUUGAUAAUUUUGUGAUAGUGAUUUUAAAGCACUUCAUCAUGAGCUAUUGUUUAGGUAAUAGUCAAUGGACCAAUCGCAAAUCGUCCCGAGCCCUACACACAGGGGUACGUUCCGUUCGAUUCAACAUUUAGUCGCAACAAUAGUCGCGUGUCAGUUUGUACUGAACGACACGUUUCCCCCAAUACAGCGCACACCAGUCUUCAACAGCCUUUGAGGUACAUUUGGUGGGUGUGACCUGAUCAAUAUGAAUGUGACCAUUUCAAAUGGCAAAAUGUGUCGCACACACCGUACAGUCGCUCUCUGGGCCACCAUAAUGACACCGUUCAACUAUUCGCUCAGAACAAUACUGCUUCUGUUGAAAUGAAAUGCUUAACAUUGUUCUGUACUACUGAAUGCACCCCUGGUGAUCUGAGAGGAUUUGAUUGGUAUAAGCAAAUGGUUAAACUUCCACCCAGCCUAUCAGAGGGCUAGGUGGAGCUAUUACCAUAUUGAUUACAUCUGUCAAAUCCUCUGCGCUCCACAAGUGCAUAGGGUGGGGGGGUUGAAAUAUUUAAGGUUUUACUAUUGUUGGAGUCAAGCAGAUUUGAUGAUUACAGCUGAUUUGAGCACAGCUCCAUCGCCUGUAAGUGUAAUUAGAUAAUUAUGUGAUAAAGUUCUGCUUAGUUUCAAUAGCACAAUACAAAACAGCAGACAGGUAAUUGAAACUUUAUUUAAGUUUCCUUGUAUUGGCAGUGCAACUUUGACUACAAAUAUUGUGCAUACAUAAGGCAUUCAGUAACAAUAUUGUAAAAGAUACAAUAAAAAGAAAAAAAUGAGCACUUAA